AUGCUUGGUAGAAUUUUUUUCUUUACAUCGUGUGCCUCGGUGCUUGCGGGCACAGCGUAUGUUGUCGGCAUCGCCCUCAGCCCUCCUCCUUCCUACACAGUGAACAACCGGCAGCGGCUUGAACGGUACAACGCCCUGUCGCACGAAAACGCCUAUGAAAAACAGACGCGCGGGCAGGAAUUUUAUCUUGGCAUCAGUCGCUGGCGGCGUCGCAUGCUGCGGGAUGAAGGUUUAGUGCAUGGCCGUGUCCUGGAAGUAGGCGCGGGUUGUGGUGGUAAUGUGAAUUACUACGAAGCACUGUUGCGCGCGCCGUCAACGGUGCAGUUGCAGGAGGCGAAUGCGGGGGGAACAGCCAUGGAGUCGAGUCAAACCCAAGCCCCAGUGGUGGAAAUCGUGAUGAGUGAUCGAUCCUCAGGUAUGGUGGAGUCGACCAUCCGGCAAAUCCAGCAACGCUACGGUUACACCCCCUAUCGCUACCCUGACUAUGACGUUGCUGGCAUUCUGGCCACGGUGGAAAAAAAUGCUGCAGCACUACGCAGUGGCGGGGGUGUGAUCAAGCGUAAGAUUAUCCAUGGUGAUGGUUCUGUGGUGGAGGUUCUUUCCACGCCGCUAAACGACGGCGGGGACGCAUUUGCGGAUGGUACAGUGGCCCCCAUUCUGCAGGGUGCUCUUCCUGGCAAUCAGCUUCACCUGUUGGAUCAGAGCGGUCAAGAAGAACUAAACCGGCGGGAGGCAGAAAAAUGCAUGAAACAGAGUUUGGUGGAUGGGAGAGCCACGAAUGAAUCAAUCUUUGCAGUGGCAAAUUACGCAGCGGAGCAAAUGCCUUUUUCAGACAACAGUUUUGACACCGUAGUGGAUAUGUUUGGUCUCUGUAGCUUUGACGACCCGGUGCGCGCGCUGCGUGAGAUGUCGCGGGUGUGUAAGCCAAGUGGAAAUAUUCUUUUACUCGAACACGGCAAAGGGCGGUGGUUGCGCAUUAACGACUACCUUGACAAGUGGGCCCCGCGACACGCGAAAAACUGGGGAUGCUGGUGGAAUCGUGAUAUCAGACGGUAUUUGCGUCUUGCAGGGCUCACAGUGGUGAAGGUGGAGGAAAAACACUUUGGGACCUCGCUAUACAUCGUAGCCAAGCCGUUCAAGUCGAUGGAUGAAUGGGACGCCUACAAUAGCAAGCUUGCAAUGAACUGA